AUGGAGUUGACUGUAAAUGAGGCAUUAGCAUUUUCUCCUGGAAAGAAGAUCGUGCUAAACCAUAACAGAGAGUUGCAACAAGUUGGUCAGGCAGCGGGCCUAUUGAGCGGGUUCUUGGGGACAUUGGCGUCUGAUUUUCAACAGUUGCCAAUUGGUGAAAAAAGUUGGAAGACAAUGAGCAAGGCUUCCAAGGAGCAUGCCUUUGACCAGUUUAAGCGAGUCUUCCACUAUGAGGACGAUGGAAAAGGGAUCAUAAAGCGGGGAAUUGUACAAAGGAUAGAAAAUUCCUGGAGGAACGCAAGAAAUCAUUUGUUCCAUAAGGUUUAUGACGAAGAACUGACUUUUGACCAAAACCUCAAGGGUAAGCCAGCAGGAAUAAAGGCAAAUCAUUGGAAAAAGUUUCUUGAAUAUCGGUUGAACGAGGACACAAAGGAGAAGUGUAAAAAAAAUGCUGCUAAUCGUUCAAAGCAAAUGUACACAUACCGGAGGAGCUACGACCGGGAAGGCCUAUUGGAAGCAAUUGAAAACAUUGAGAGCCAAGACCUCUCCAGCAAGAAAUUUUCACACAAUGAUUCCCUUGCACAAGUGCUUGGAAAGGAGCACCCAGGAAGAGUUCAUGGGCUCGAUUUUGGUCCAUGUCACAGUCAGUAUUUUCGUAACAUUCCACAGCAGUCCGACUACGGUGUACAAAUUGAGGAGUAUCAGAUGGAGAUUGUAAAACUUAAGGCGGAGGCAGCAGAACUUAAGGCAGAGUCAGCAGAAUUCAAGGCAACAGCAGCAGAGGAAAAGGCAAAGAGACAGAGAAUGGAGGCAGAGGGGAAGAAUAUUUCAACGGUUAGCAUUUUGCAGCGGUUAACAACCGCCGCCAUCUUCAAGCAGUUAUAUUCGAAUGAUUUUGUAGCGGAUCGAACCGCUGCAAAAUUAUACCUCUGCAAAAUACCAUUUAGUAGCGGUUGUUCCAGCGGUUGCUAUUAA